AUGACUGAACACACAGUGGUGUGUUAUGCCUUCAACACGGACGAACAGACCCAGGCAAUACGACGUCCGGCACUCAACGUACAACAUGUCCCUGAUAUCUCGAUACAACCGAGAGAUGACCCAUAUCUCAUCACUGAAAGUCAAACGAAUGUGACCUUGACAUGUGUGACUACCUCUGCUAACCCCCGCGUCACGUCCCUGGUUUGGACAAGAGGAGUCAUGAUGGUAUCCGACAGCGGCGUUUACAGACUCCCCGUCAUCACACAGGACCAUGCUGGGGUAUACACGUGCUCUGCAAUGAAUGCCAUCGGUACCACGACGUCAAAUAUCACCCUGAAAGUUUUAACGUCGCCAACCUCACCAAACAUCGUUGGAUUUACGGAUGUGACGUCAUCAACACUCACUGUGAAAUGGACACCUAGCGACAAGGGAGCUAUGGCCAACAUAUUUAAUAUCACCCACGGAUGUAAAGGCUGUUCAGCAUUAAUAUCAACUGCUGUUGACCUGACGGACAAAGACAUCUAUUCCUCUACCUUAACCAACUUAGUCCCUAAAUCUCAGUACCAUGUCAAUAUUACAGCGAUCAACAUGGCCGGGUCAAGCAGUCCUUUGGAACUCAUAGUAUCAACAUCCCCAGCUGACACGUGCCGUUCUCCGUUGGAAUAUACCAGUGCUGGCUCAACAGCUUUAUUAGUAGUUGGUGUGACCCUUCUCCUGAUUGCAGCAGCAGUUUUUGGAAUUGCGAUAUUUCUGUACAGAAAAUCUCGAUCAUGUUUCAGAUCAGAAAAACAAGAUAUUCCUCCCAAGCCAGUUGUUUUCAGCAAUGUUCCAAAGACAGUCGGAGAUAAACCUCAAACAAGUCAGGACGACAGGUCUAACUACCUGGAAUUAGAUCCGACAGACAUUAACCGUCCGUCUCCGUAUGCAGGCCUUUCGGAAGGUAAAAAAGAAGCGAUGAUUGAAACAAACAGGUCAGUUCAGGAUGAUUCAGCCGACACACAUGACUACCUACAAAUACAGGAUGAGGAAAUAACCCACAGCACACGAUUAUCCUACUCUGGUCACCACAAAGGAAGAGAAUGGUCACGAAGGUGCGGUUUGUACGACGGCAGAAACAGUGUACAGGCUGAAAAAGAAACAGAUGCCAGCUUUUUGAUGAAGGGAGAGGUGGAUUAUGUGCUGUACACUGAUUGUCCUUCCUAG